AUGGUGUGGCUAAUCGUAGGCGUCUCCUCUCUCCUGCUCCUCGCCACCUUCAGCCCUGUGGUGGCCACCACUCUUUCUUCUUCUGGUAACAACCUGCUCCUUCUUGAGCAAGAGACGAGACGGGUGGCCAAGGACGGGGUGGUGAUACUGGCCCUGUGCAAUGCGGGCUACCUCGACCUGCUCCUCAACUGGAAGGCCUCCGUCGAUCGGCUCAACAUCACCAACUACGUCAUCGUGCCCAACGACAUCAAGGCUGCUCAGGAGCUCAGCUUUCUCGGGCUUGAUUGGGCGUAUGACCCCACGAUCGGAUUGGGCGAUCUGGCGUCUUCCGAAGCGGCCUCCUACCCAUUCAACAAGGAGGACCCCAUGUACAAGCUCUGGAAUGGAGUGGUGCACAAGAAGGCGGCCUAUGUGUGGAAACUGCUCUCCUUGGGCCUCGACGUCUUGGUGACCGACGUGGACAUCGUGUUCCUGAAGGACCCGCUGCCGCUGUUCUCCAACAAGACCAUCGAUCUCUUCUUCAUCGAUGACACCAAGAGCAAGACCGACGACGGACAACCGCCAAGCCUGUGCGGAGCCUCGGUGCUUGAGUGUGAGCAAAAGGGCUCCAAGGAGCAGCCCUGCUUCAACAAGUGGUACCAAGACAUAGCGAAAAGGGGCAGUCAGAGCUCCGUGAGGGUGCAGGUGAUGACCCGGGCAGACUUUCCUAGCGGCUACAAUUACUUCCACUACUUCUGGAAGACGAAUGGAGAUAUGAUACGGGAAAAGGUCAAGCCGGAUCCCUACAUCGUGCACGACAACUGGAUCGUCGGCCACGAAAACAAGAUCACCCGGUUGCGGCAGCAUGGCCUGUUGCUGGUGGACAUAAAGGAGCUGGAGGAGAAGAUGGCCGGCUUCAGCUUCAACCCCAACAUCACCACGCACGACCAACUGGUCGCGUUCCAUCUUUCCCAGCGCGUUGCUUCAGCUGACCGCACCACACCCGACACGCCCGACACGCCCAACCCUCCCAACACGCCCGACACGCCCGACACGCCCGACACGCCCAACACGCCCAACACGCCCGACCCUCCCAACACGCCCGACCCGCCCAACCCUUCCAACACGCCCGACCCGCCCAACACGCCCGACACGCCCAACACGCCCAGCACCCCCGACACACCUGACACACCCGCUCUGUGCUCCGACCAGGUCGACUCAUCUGCGGAGUUGCCCACGCUGUACGGCGGGUACUCGAUGGUCCUGGUGUGGGGCUCUCCGGCGGUGACGGUCUGCUUUGUGCUCCUCGUCGUGUGGGCGUACCAACGCCGAAGAUCAGGGGGCAGCGCACCACGACCAGCGCCACUGCCACCACGGAAACCCGAACUGGACAUCUAG